CAUUUUUUAUAUCCAAAUUGGUAGUUUGUAUACUUUUCUAUUCAUCCUAUUAGUUUUGUAGUUUGGUUAAUAUUUGUUUAAAUAUACUUUCUUUUAUCUUCUGACAUAAAAACAUCAGACAGCAAAUACUAAAUUAGAGAAAUGGAAUUUAUCGAAAUUGUUGGAAAAAAUUUACACUCUGAAAUGUUUCUCAUCUCUUAAUAAUAAGAUACACACAAAAUUUUGCAUGAACAUUGGUUUCAAUAUUUUGCAAAUGACUUCUGAAUUUCACUUUAAUUGAAAAGGUAUUUUGUUGAAAUUAUUGGGUAAACAAGAUGUGGGAUCAUGAAUCUAGUCUUAUAAUUUUAUGUCUCAUGCUCAUUCCAGACAUAAUUGAUUUUGACCUUGAAUUCUUCAUCAGUGAAUAACCAUACUGUUUGAACAUUUGAAAACAUUUCAGCAAAAUGAUGAUGAUAAUCUUUAAUUGAUGAGUUUGUGUAAAUGAAUUCAGUUUUCACUCAAUUUGUAGUUUGUUGGACUGGUAUUUUCAUAAUUCCAUAUAAAUUACUCCAACUUCUUCAAAACGCAGUUGCCUACUGAGUGAUGAAGUUACUAAAGUAACAAUGUUGCAUAAUCAAAUAGCACCUGAUGUCAUCGUAUUGAAUUUUAUUUAAACACAGAGCUUCAAAUGGUUGUUCUGGCUGAAAUAGAAUGAAAUAGAAAUACAUCUUAGUUGUGUCAAAAGUGUCAAUUCCUGAAUGACUCAAAACAAUAUUGAAAAUGCAAAAUAUUUGGGAAUGUUCAAUUAAGAUUUAGGUACUUCAAUAUCAAACGAAGAUGUCUGUAUCUGAUGUCACUGAAUAUGACUACAGCUGUUUCACUUACACUGAAAUUCAAGAUUACUUGAGUGAAUUACGUGAAUUGAUGUCUUAUGCAGAAUUAACUAAUAUCAGUGAUGGUUCAACUGAAAUGGUAGUCGAUGAAAAACUAAGUAUUUUCAAUACUUUAAGCAGAGAACAGAAAGUAUCAUACAUCCAAAGAUUAAUGGAGGAACUCGAAACAACUAACGAGAAUAUAAGAAUGAAAGCUUCUCACGCAAUUCUUUUUAUCGCUCUUGGAUGUAUGGAUGUUCCAAUGAUCCUGGAAAAAGUUGAUAGAUUUUCUGAGGAGAACACAAUCCUUUUAUUUAAAUUAGGUGUGUUUCCUAUCCUUGUCAAUUUACUGAAUAUGGAAAGAAUUUCAACAAAAUACAGUGACAAACCAGAACUGCACAUAGCAUCCUUUCCAGAUUCCAGUCAUCUUUGUGUUUUGUUGAAUAUAGUGUCACUCAUUGUGGGACAAAUGCUCCUUCAAAAAAAGUCAGAGAAAUAUGGGCAAGAUGUUAAGAUCUUCAUCGAAGAAAGUUUAUCUGCGCAGGAAGAAGAUUCCUUAUUAUUCAUUUUAUUGGAUAUGAUGACAGAGUUUGCUUUGUCAGAAAAACCUGGAUAUCCCAUCAAAAAAAUUUUAUUGUUAAUCUGGAAAAUAAUAAUGAUUUCCUUCGGAGAUAUUAAAGAUCUGUGUUUACAGAAGCAAGCAAAAAGAAUCAGGUGUGGAUUGAACAAUAAUCAUUCAAAUCGAUUAGACAUCAAUACAGAAAUGUAUAAAUUUCCUUUUUUUCAAAAAGUUUCAACGGAAGAUUUGGAUGAAUACAUUCAUAUUAUGUCACUAAAGCAUCGAGAAAUGAAUACAACUAUAGCUGCUGAAAGUAUUGAAUCCCUGAAAAAACAUCUAUAUGUUUCGCUUUCAGAAUUGCAAGUACAAGAAAAUUUUCAAUUACGUGAUGAAAAAAUCGAAACUCUUUAUGAGAAUAUGUUGCCAAAAAUGGCUGUUUACGUAAGAAGCUUGCUGCAAAUUUUCCAGAGUUCUGUUUGUUCGCCAAUAAUGAAUUUGUAUAGUGAUAAAGACGAUGAAAUUUUGCCUAUGUCUUCUUAUACUUCAUUGAUGGUAUUAGGCAAAUUCCAAAUGUUCGAACAUAUGGAAAUUAUGAAUAAAGCAAUCAGUGGAAUUCUGUUGCUACUUCUGAAGCAUUUCAAGCUGAAUCAUAUUUACCAAUUUGAAUAUAUUUGCGAUGAAAUGGUGUCAUGUGAUGCAAUUCCACUCAUGAGAACUUAUAUAGAGACAGCAAGCGACAUUUUCGUCAUUUUCACAAAAACCUUGAACCAAAGAAAUUUGUAUACCUGUGUCAACGUUUUGAGAAUUCUCAAUAAACUGUUGAAGGGAAAAUACUGCCGAAUGGUUAUAUUUAUGGGGUUGAAUCACAAGCAUCUCAAUUCGCUGGCAUCAUUGAACAACAAACAUUUAGAAGUGUACAGUUUAAAACUGCUUAAAAUUCUGUCCAAACUGUUAGGGAGGAAGUGGCGUCAAGAUAACAUAAAAGUUAUGAAUAAAAUUUUUCAGAAUGUUAGGCAUAGACUUCUGGAAGACUGGAAUUCGAUCUUUCAGAAUAAUAACGAUGAUGAAAAAUUGUUAGAACAAAAAAUCAAUUUCUUCAACGCUUGUUACACAGAUAAUAAAAAUGGCAAAUAUACCGAAGAUGCAGAAAUUAAAGUUGAAUUGACUGAUUAUUUCAAAAGAAAUUAUGAACGCUGGUUGGAAGAAGAGGUGUUUAAAAAUCCCUUUGAUUGGGAUAUUCUUCUGAAAUUAUGAAUAAUAAAGUAGUCGAAUAUAUGUGUAUUAUUUGAGUUCGAUUCUAUCGUAUGUGGAAUUAUACAGGGCCUGCAACAGUGCUCUAUAUCUCAAGUUGGAGAAAAGAUAGAAAU